CCUUCGUCUAUCUCCGACUUGUUUCAAGUGCUCUGCAAAGUUUCAGUCGCCUUUCUCCUUAAACCCUGAGUCUUCUUCUUCUUAACAGCCAUGGGUUUCUUCGACCUCAACAUACCCUACGAUGACCGUUCAUCUUCAAGCAGUGCUAAUCGCAUCAAGGUUGUUGCCAAAAUCAUGGAGCUCGGCUACUCCGGUAUCGCCUACAACCGUACAAUCAAAGGAGUGAUGUCCGACCGGGAUCGCUGUUCUAUUCCCCUUCUCAAGGUUUCAUCGCUUCACACUAUCCUUCCAUCCUUCUCCGCUUCCGUAGAGUUCCACCGCGAUCUUCUAGACAUCCCACGGUCUUCUCCUUUCCGUCAGUACACGCGUCUUACUAUUUCUAUCAACACUAACAACGAGGUUCUGGCCGUCAAUUCUGGCAACCUUAUUCUCAAGACCUACGAUUUGAUUGCUGUUAAGCCUCUUAAUCAGUAUGCUUUCGAACAGGCUUGCGAGAAAUUGGAGAUAGAUAUAAUUGCCAUUGAUUUUGCGGAGAAACUGCCUUUCAGGUUGAAGCAAGGUUCGAUAAUAUCUGCAAUUAAGCGUGGAGUUUACUUUGAAAUCAUGUACUCUGAUCUUCUUUCGGAUGUUCAUGAAAGGAGGCAAAUGAUAUCCACUGCUAAGGUCUUGGUGGAUUGGACAAAUGGAAAAAAUCUCAUAUUAUCCAGUGCUGCCCCCUCUGUAAAUGAAAUCAGAGGACCUUACGAUGUUGCGAACUUGUCAUCAUUGCUUGGUGUCUCUAUGGAAUGUGCAAAAGCUGCUGUUUCGAAAAAUUGUAGGAAUCUCAUAGCUAAUGCUCUAAAGAGAAAGCAGUUUUACAAGGAGACCAUUCGAGUUGAAAGGAUAUCAUCCGAUGACAAAUUGGAUCUGGAUGACCCUUGGUCAGUGGAUUUGCUCAAAUGGGAUCCUAUGUCAAGUGGAGAAGGUGAUUUGCUAUUGGAUGAUAUAGCAAAAUCUUUUGCUGCUUCUAAUGAAAGAUCAAAAAAUGUGAAAUCCAUUGACUUCACUUCAAUAGUUGACAACCUGCCAUCACAAGGUUUUCUAGUCAAGAAUGUAAUAGAAUGCCCUGAGGCAAAACUUUCGUUGAAUGAUAAGCAAGAUUUGUGGCCUGUUACUGAUGCCAUUGAGCCACAGAUUGCAGUAAAUGGAGUAAUUCAACAGUCCCAUACUCUUGCUGAAGAACACCGUCCUUUAUCUGAUCGUUUAUCCUCUAUAAUUGAAAGUUCUAAAAUUUCACAUUCACAUGGUAAUGCAGAAGAAGUUCCAAGUAAUUCUGAGGAAGAAAAAAACACCAUCAAUGAAAUUGUGCAGCCCGAGAUCUUAAAGCAGGAAGAACCUAUUGAAAAGGAUGUUGAUAAUCUGCAAUCAAAAAACCUGACACUGACUAGUGAGUUAAAUGUAGUAUCAACAAAUGAGCUUGUGCAUUCUCCUACAUCUACCAAAAAUUUAUCAACUGUUGUUUUCGAGAAUGACAGAACAGAAACUUUAAAAAUGGAGAAUGUUGAUUUUCAUCAGAAUGAAUAUGGUCUAGAAAAUUCUGUUACACUGUCUGAUUCAGAAAAUGUGUGUAGGGAAAAAAAUUCAUCUAAUUUGAUUUCAGAAGAUCAAAAGCAUGCGACAAUGGUAGUAGACGGUACAUUGGCAGCUGAAGAAUGUUUACAUAGUGCAAGACUUGGGGAGCCUGCGGAUGUGGCAAUAGCCGAGGAUCAGGUUUCUCCCCUUGAUUCUUGCACAAAUGACACUAAAGAUGAUUAUCAACAAACAUCUGAGGUGUUCAUGGACGAUCAAGAAAGUGGAGACGCCGACCCGCAGAUCACACAACAGCCUUCAGAUCAGCCUAUCACUAGCGUGAUAUCCACAGCAAAUGCAGGGAAAUGUCAAUCAAAACGGGAAAGAUAUCAUCCAGCGUCGAAGCUUCCUCUUCAACGGUUAAUCAACCCUCUGCCCUUCAAGAAAGCUUGCAAAAGAAAUACAGAAAAAUGCAGAUCAAAACGGAGGAGGCAUCACCUGGGGCUAUUGCUUCCAUUUAAGCGCUCAAUCAAUCACCUAGCCUUCAAGAAGGCCCGCAAAACUAAAUGCUAGCAGUCAAUUUUUCUUCGGUUUUUAUUCUUCCAUCCUGUUUAUAAUACUUGGGUAUGCAUUUUGCAACAAUUAAUCUCUCAUUGAAUUAGUUUUGAUAUAAACUUCAUUGUUUCUAGUUUUCUAGCUGUUGAAGUCCAUUUUUUAAUCCAAAAUUUGUGGGAGGGAGGGAUCGAACUAUGGACAAACUCGAAUUGGCAUGAUAUAGUGACAGCUCUUCCACACGCUUGUUCAAUCGAUCAGAUGACAAGGUGCCAAUUAUCAUCUACUCUUUCAAUACUUUGCUCAACUGAAGUGUGGCUUUUUAUAGAAAAUGAGUAAAUAAAAAUAUGUACAAUGUUUGAGAACUUAAA